AUGGAUUUCGAGAAAUCGGUUGCGAUGUUCUUCGCAGACCAUCAGCGAACGCAGCAGCAGGAACCGACCUCCCCGUACCUCAGAUUGCCUGCAGUAGCACGCUUCCAGAUAUGCCAGUAUCUCAUCGCCGAUCACAACUCAGACAUUCCAAUCUGUCUCUCCGACGGUCGAUUCAUGAGAGAGGUUUGGAGUGACGAUGAGUACACUUCGCUCGCUGCCGCCAUGGGGCCGCUGCAGUCGUAUCUCGCCGUAUCCUUCUCUCUGCGCGCGGACAUGAUGGUUGCAUUCCUCAUGAUAGAGCGCUUCCAUGUCACCUUGUCGCCUUUCGUCGGCCCACACUUGAACCCCUUGGCAACAUUGUGGUGCAACAAAUACGGCCACUUCAUACAGCAGGUCGUCGUCGAGCUCGACCUGACGCGAUUGGGUUUCGGGCCAGGUAAGGAGGCCUGUAAACUGCGCGCAGGAACCAUCAACAUGGACGACCUUAUCGGCACGUUCGUCAAAGGCCAGUUGAGGCGGAAGAACCAGUCGACACUCAGGAGCCUUGUGCUGCUCUGCCGGAGAUUCUGGGGUGAACGCCCUUCCGACCAUCUACCCCCAGGCUCCAAGCCUGCCGCUGAGCAGAAUGACCAAAGAUCGUCGACGGAGCCUGAACAGACGUUUGCAGCCAAACGUUCAAGUUUUGGUGCCGAUUUUUCCUACUGCCCGGACGAGUUCCUAAGAAUCUGCGAACCAUUCGUGCGCCUAGAAGGCCUGGUUGACUCGAUGCGCCUUUGCGGUUUCAGCAACGGCUACACGCACUCUCUGCUGCGCCGGAUCUUUCCCGUCCCCGAAAGAAGCGACGAAAUCAAGCUCCAUACGUAUCGAGUAGCACCUUCGUCAAUAUGGCCACGAAUCUCCGGCCAAUCCUCGUGGAUCGAUAAGGGGCACGGCAAAUUUCAGUUGGAUGAUCAUUCUCGACAAUACCUGCGCGGCCUCUGUUUUCCUGAGGGAGCAGUCAUGCUGACACAACCGUAUGAGAACCCACUGAAUGGGCUCCUGUCUAUCACUGCUACUGAGAUUGAAUACAUUCAACUCAGAAACUCUGUUAACAUGUCGGCACCCGUUCCCGCCAACUUCGAUGCUCAAGAGGCUGAUAACCUCGAGGAUAUCGAGAAGCAAUUCGCUGUCAAGGUCGUCCAGCACAUGGAAACCUACUGGAACAUCCUGGAGAAGGUCAAGGGCUCCUCGCUGCGCCUGACCAAGAUCGAUGACGAGAUCUACGAGCAUCUGAAGACCGAUUUCCCCGAGUUCGACCCCGCCGCGACCAUUAAUGAGGACGAGAUGAAGAGCAAGACCGGCAAGGAACGGUGGCGCAAGUUCAUGAUGGCUUACGAGAAGAGGGUUGAUGACUACAACUUUGGCACCAUGGUCCGCGCCAGCCCCAAAUCCGAAUAUGGCCAGAACGAGGUCAUUUUCGCGCCCCGCAUGCAGUUCUACGCCAUCGAGAUUGCGAGAAACCGUAACGGUCUGAACGACUGGAUCUAUGAGAAGGCCCAAGCCGCCAAGUCAUCCAGCUAA